AUGCUGCCUUGCCUUACCCUGCUUCUCCUGAUGGAGCUGUCCGUGUGCACUGUGGCAGGUGAUGGUGGAGAGGAACAGACACUCAGCACUGAAGCAGAGACCUGGAUAACUGUGGCCUUGGAGGAAGGCGCUGGCCCCAGCAUUCAGCUCCAGCUGCAGGAGGUGAAGACGGGCAAGGCAAGCCAGUUCUUUGGGCUGAUGGGGAAGCGAGUGGGAGGAAGACCUCUGAUCCAGCCAAGGAGAAAAAAAGCGUGUCAGCUGCAACACACGUGUCAGCUGCCCCCUCCUGGGCAAGAGAAGCCUGUCCACAGAAGGCAGAGAGGAUGAGGCCCAAGGUUCAGAGUAAAAGCCCCCACCGAAGACUUCCCAGAGGACACAGUGCCACUUCUGCCUACCUGGAUGUCACAGCUGACAAGCCGGCAGGCCAACUCUCUUCUCUGUGUCUCCUGUCCUCAUCGCUGGCACUUCACACAAGGCCCACACUGAACCCACUGGGCUUCUUCCUGGACUCUCCGUGUCAGGCAGCAGUUCUGCAUAAAUGCACAACUUCGCCGUUGCAAGCUGCAUUGACUCUGCCCUCCCUGACACUCAGAGCUGGCAUCUCACUGCACAGCAGUGAGGAGACUCGCACACUCUGUAUCCUGUGCCUAGCACACAGUAGGUGCUCAAUAAAUGAGUGACCAGUGAACGGCUCCUUCCCUGGUGCACAGCAGAGGGCAGGAAUGGCCUGGGCUCUGUAGCCUGUUCAGUGGCCUCACUGGUAUGUCAACAGGCCAAGAGUCCUUUUGCAGAAUCGCAGAGAAAUACUGAACAGCCCUGGUCCAGCCCCCAGGUGGGAAAACAGGCUUGGGACACAGGUAAGGAUGACAGAAACAGGAAAGAGACCAAGACGGGAUGGGAAGGUAUUGUAGGCAUUUUGGAAGGGAAGGGAUUUGAAAACAAGGGGUCUUUCUUCUCUUUAGGGUCCUCUGAAGCCCCAGCCUGAAAGAAGACACCCUCUCCCUA